GAGAGGCAAUGGAAAGUUGUUUUUUUCAGCUCCUAGCUCCUGGAAGUCUGAAAGGAAGCCGUGCGUGGCUGCAUUAAUUAUAGCCAGCAGAAUGUUUUGGGGCUCUCCUCAUCAAACCUGCUCUUCUCUCCAGCUGCAGAGCUAUUUUGCGGCCUGUGAGGAUGAGACUCCCGCCAUCAGGAACCACGACACGGUCCUGCAGCGCCUCUGUGAACACCUUGACCACGCCCUGCUUUAUGGGCUGCAAGACCUUCCCUCGGGCUACUGGGUCUUGGUGGUCCACUUCACCCGCCGAGAAGCCAUCGAACAGAUCGAGCUGCUGGAGCACGUGACCACUAACCUGGGGCGCAGCCGGGCGUGGCUGUACCUGGCCCUCAACGAGAACUCCCUGGAGAGCUACCUCCGCCUCUUCCAGGAGAACCUGCCGCUGCUGCACAAGUACUACGUCAAAAAUGCCCUUGUCUGCAGCCAUGACCACUUGACCCUCUUCCUCACCCUGGUCGCGGGCUUGGAGUUUAUCCGAUUUGACUUGGAUCUGGACGCCCCUUACCUGGACUUGGCCCCCUACAUGCCGGACUACUACAAGCCCCAGUAUCUGCUGGACUUUGAGGACCGCCUCCCCAGCUCAGUCCAUGGGUCAGACAGCCUCUCCCUCAACUCCUUCAACUCGGUGACGUCCACCAACCUGGAAUGGGAUGACAGCGCGAUUGCCCCCUCCAGCGAGGAUUAUGAUUUUGGAGAAGUCUUUCCUGCAGUGCCGUCCAUGCCCACCACAGCAUGGGAAGAAGGAGACCUGACCGACACCCUCAGCUGUCCACGUUCCGUGGCCUCCGAGUUGAACAGCAGCCGAGCUUCAGCCAAGAGCCCAACCCAGCGCUACAACCCUUUCAAUGGGAAGGCAGAAGGGCUGUCCUCCGUGGAGACCACCCCGGUGCACACUGCCUCGCAGGAGAAGGCCGACCUCAUCCCAGAGGGCGCAGACCGAUCCGAGGGCUGCACAGAGCUGGAGGUCAUCAGGCUGGCUAAAAAGAAGAAAACGGGCAAGAAGAAGAAAACUAAAUCAGAGGAGGCCGCUGCUGCCACCCUCCCUGCUCCUGCUGGGCAUCAAGAGGCGGGCAAGGAGGCUGGGCAGCCAGAGUCCACCCCGGAGGCUGACCUUGUGGUCAGCGCUGAGGCACCGGCACUCUGCCAGCUGGGCCUCCGGAUCCCCGAGAUGAAGGACACUUCGAUGGAGCGGGUGGGGCAGCCCCUCAGUAAAGUGAUCGACACGCUAGAGGUGGCUGACGGGUGGAGCCACCCCGUGGAGCCCCCCAACCAGUCCUUUCGGACCGACUUGCCAGGGGAGGCCCCCUCAGAGGGGCCGCCCCUGGGCGGCUUUGGUCAGGGGCUUUCAGCCCCCAUGGACUUCUACCGCUUUACCGUCGAGAGUCCAAACACUCCUGCAGCAGGUGGUGGCCACCAUGACUCUGCAGGGAAUGGUCAACCGCCACAUGUUCCUGGUGGCCCUGAAGCUCUUGGACAAGAGGAGGAAGGAGGAGAAGGAGAAGGAGAGGAGAAGGCUGCUGGGCCUGCAGUAGCCUCCUUGCCGGGAGAAGAGGUGGAGGUUGCCAGUGUGGGGGCCCUGAGCAGGCUGAAGGAGGACCGGGCGAGCCCUUCCCCAAGCAGUGCCGAGGACUCCGGGGUGGAGGAGGGGCAGGGCAGCCCUUCUGAGGCGGCCCAUCCCUCCGAGUUCAGGGUGGACAACAACCACCUGCUGCUGCUGAUGAUCCACGUCUUUCGCGAGAACGAGGAGCAGCUGUUCCGGAUGAUCCGGGUGAGCACGGGGCACAUGGAAGGAAACCUCCAGCUGCUUUACGUGCUGCUGACGGACUGCUACAUGUACCUCAUCCGCAAAGGAGCUGCCGAGAAGCCAUACAUGGUGGAGGAGGCUGUUUCCUACAAUGAGUUGGAUUACGUCUCAGUGGGCCUAGAUCAGCAGACGGUGACCCUGGUCUGCACCAACCGCCGGAAGCAGUUCCUCCUGGACACAGCGGACGCCACCCUGACUGAGUUCUUCCUGGCCUCUCUGAAGUCAGCGAUGAUUAAAGGGUGCCGAGAGCCACCGUACCCCAGUAUCCUGACCGACGCCACCAUGGAGAAACUCGCCCUGGCCAAAUUUGUGGCUCAGGAGUCCAAGCGGGAGAUCUCGGAAGUGGUGGUCCACUUCUAUGGGCUUAUUCACUGGGAAGACCCCAUGGACGAGACCCCAGGCCCAGCCUCGUCUCACUAUGUGCCGGCUGAGAACGGCAUCGCCAAGGAAGGCGUGCUGAAUUACAAGGCGGGAACCAAUUACCUGGGCAAGGAGAUCUGGAAGCCCUGCUUUGUGGUGCUCAGCAAUGGCAUCUUGUACCAGUACCCGGACCGGGCAGAGGUCGCCCCGCUGCUUUCGGUGAAUAUGGGGGGGGAGCAGUGCGGCGGGUGCCGAAGGUCGAGCACGACAGACCGGCCCCACUCUUUCCAGGUCAUUUUGACUGACCGGCCUUCCCUGGAGUUGAGCGCUGAAAACGAAGAGGAGAUGGCUGACUGGAUGCAGUAUUUAUGCCAGGCAGUCUCCAAAGGGGUCAUCCCCCAGGGUGUGGCCCCUGCGCCGUGCGUCCCCUGCUGCCUGGUGGUAACGGAGCAGAAAGUGUUCACCUGCCACGAGGACUGCCAGACCAGCUUCUUCCGCUCACUGGCCACGGCCGAGCUGGCGGAAGUGGCUUCCAUCUCCACGGAGCCCGGCCGGGAAUAUUGCCUCCUGGAGUUUGCCCAGGACCAGAAGCAGUACCUGCCCCCAUGGAUCCUCUAUUUCAGCUGCCCUGGAGAACUGGAGCGGUUCCUUCUGGCGUUGGAUGCUGUGUGGAAGAGCACCUACCAGGUGGAUCUCCUGCACAAGCUGAUUGAGGACAGCUCCAUUAGGAAGAAAUGCGAGGAUGCGCUGAGCUUGAUCCACAGCACUUGGCAGCGCAGUGACAGCCUGUGUCGUGGCCGGGCUUCCCGGGACCCCUGGUGUUAGCCUUCCGGGAGGCGAAGCGCGGCCUCACUCCGCGGGACCGAAGCACGGCAUGCACGAGCGGAUGGGCCUCCCUGUCCUGGACGCUGAGCGGGGCCACCGGGCAGGGAGGGCCGGGCAGGAGGGGCUCCGCUCACUGCCUCUGCUGUGGACUUUGUGGCACGUCGGUUUGGCUGAUGGCCGUGAUCCGAGCAGAUGUUUGUGUCGUGCAUGGCCCUUGCCCACGCUGCCUCUCAGCAGGGACUUCGGGUGCAAGACUGGCCGGUGGGAGCAGGAGUGCUGUGCCCCCCGGGUGGCGGGGCCUCAAGCAGUCUCCAGGAAAAACAGUGAACGAGAGGGGGGGGUGAGGGCGCCAGCAGGGAGGGGCUUCUGCACAAGAUGGAGUCACCCGGUCGCCCGAUGGCUGCUGCUCGCCUUUCAGACACUAGACCCCAGCCUGUGCCCUGCAUGCAUUUCCUUCGUUAAAGACCUGCAGCCAGCCGGUCAUGUGCCGCUUCCCGCCCUGGAGGAACAGGGAUCAUCCCCCUGCUUCCCCGUUCGCCCUGAUCAGCUUGGGUGCGGCCUGUCACGGCCCAUCCGCUCUCCCCGGCUGAGCUCGGAAGGAACCCCGGGCCCUCCCCUCCCCUCUUCUCUUCCUUGCUAGGCCGGUCGGCCGGUGGUGCCCUGCCCCUUGGCAGAAGGCCUCCCUUGGGGGGUUGGGGAGCGUGGGUGUGGAUUGGGGCCGUGGGGCCGGGAGGGUGAGUUUCUCCCCCUGCCUGGAGUCGGGGGCCGUGGGUGAAUUGCUCGGCCGGCUGCUUCUCUGCCUGAGCCCGGACAUGACCGCCUGCCCUCGCUCCUCCGUGACGGGAGCAGAGUCCCGGUCGGCCCCCAGGGGCAUGGCGAGGGGCAGGCUGGGCGGAGCAGAACCUCACUGGGGCUUUUCCUGCAGAAACAGACCCCCAGCCGCUGGCGCUGGGUUCUAGUUGCCAUUUAUCUUCUUGUAAACAGUUGGGCUAGGGGUAGUUGUAGUGGCCUGGGUUUUUUAAAAGCUGUUUCUUAUUUUUAGAUUCUUAAUUUUAACCAGCGAGAGACCUGCUAAUGUACCAUAUGUGUUCCUGCAGGGGCCUUUGUUCCAGGAGAGGCCUCUGUGGCACAGUGUGCCUGGAUACGCGUUGCUAACCCCGUCUAAUAAAGGCACCUUGGUGAUUC